AUGGAGGAACAAGCUGGUGCUAAGAACAGCAACACGCCGCCGACUGAGGCCAAGUCGCAGUCGCCUGCUUCAACAUCGGCACAAAUGCAACCAUCUGGGAGAACCGAUGCAGCAGCCACGCCAUCAGCAACUCGACCAACUUUGUCAGAAGAACCGUCUGCACCAACUGCUCAAGCUGGCAAUGCUUCUGCCACGGGGGACAUUGCGACUACGACGACGAAUGCUACUACUAGGAGUACGACUACGACUACGACCACGGCUCAUCAACCAAAGCAGGAGAAUGGUGUUUCCAGCCCAGGCGAGGGUGCAUCCAGCAGACACGGCGCAGCUGAGCAAGCAGACAAAGACGAACAAACGCCACCCAUACGGUUGAACGGCAACAAACCUCGAACAGAGGAUAACGAGGGUGAGAGUGAAUUGAGCGACCCGGACAGCAACGUAGCAUUCCACGAACUAGAAGACGAGAUUGUAGUGAGCGGGCGGAACGGUAAAGGGGCACCAAGGAUGCCAAGCAGGCGCCAGACUACUGGAGCCAACGAGGACGAGGUGAUGGAGGAUGCACCGGAGGAGCCUGCAGGUUCCCAUUACCCUAAACGGAAACGGACUUCUAUCUUCAAUGAUUUGAGCGAGAGCAAGCUCGAGAGCGCUCACACUUCAGCUCCCACAAGAUCACCUUCAUCACCUACUGGCGCGACGAAACCAAAGCCCAACCGCCAGAGUCUUGGUGGCCCAGGAAAAGGCGUUCUACUUGGAACUUGGAGGGACUCUGACGUUAGAGACCAUGAAAGGAAGCACGCUGUCAUCGGCUUCAUCGAUGUUAGGGACCGCCUGCGAACUCGACUUUUGCCCAACACCAAAUAUGGGGAAUCAUUAGCAGAGGAAUUCCCACUUCCUCCUGGUCCUGGUGGUAGCUGGGUCACAUUCGAGCGCAUUAUAUUUUCUGACCAUUUGAUCGGCUUGGACCACUUCCAAGUAAAGGAGUACACCCGACUUCGACUAGACGCCACAUCGGAAGACACCGAGGAAGAACGUGUCAAAGCUGAGCACGCUGCCGUCGAAGAGGCCAAGCGUCGUGUUAGCGAAAACCCUGCCCUGGAGAACCCGUUGCAGUCUGCUGCUAUCGCAUACGGCGUCGAUGUACCAGAAGCACUUCAAGUCCCUGUUCGACCAGACCUCAAGCGCAGAAGGGUCAGCGGCGGAUUUGCUGCUAUCAACCCAGCACCGCCUGAGCUUGCGCCUGAGCCGGCCUCAAUCCCAACUCAGCAGCAGUCUAUGGCAGCUCACCAAAAUCAAUUUUCGAUUGAAUCACUGCCAGGCACUCGGCCCACACGCAUUCUUGUCGGGUACUGGAGGCCAUCCAGCGAACCCGAUCCAAGGGAUCGCCACGCCGUGUAUGGUAUCCUUGGUCAGAAUGACAUGUUCCGCGUCAAGGUGGUGCGAGAAACAAGGGAUGGUCGAUUUGUCGACGGCAACUUUCCAUCUGGAGCCGGUGCUCUGUGGAUUCCUUACGAAGAGGUUGAGUUUGAGCCUCAUUUGGAGUCCAUUAGCCCUAACAGGCAAGCGAUGAAGGAAUACUGCCGUGUUCGACAAUAUCAGCUGGAUCAUGGCGAGACAUCCGCUGAGCGUGUUCAGAAUGAGGAGGAUGCAGUGAAGAAAGCACUCCUACGAGUAAAAUCAAUGCCGUCCAAGAACCCCCUCAACCCCACGGUCCCAACCUUUACGGCUUCUCCACAAGGCGAUGGCGAUGAUGCCAUCAACAGGCGGCAUGGUUACAGUGGCCACGAGCUGCGCCAGUCACGUAGAACUGAGCCACGGCCUAUCAGAGCCUCAAUCAACGAGAACGACUUACGCGGCAGCCGACUUCAAAGUGUAGACGCUGUGGAGAGGACAAACGCUCUAGCACGCCGCGAGAUCGCAAGAGCCGAAGCCGCUCAGGUAAGGGCAGAUCGCCAUGCGCUUCAUAGGGAGCGUGCUGCGGCGGCGGCUGCCGCGGAUACUGUUACUGCUGCUAAUGCCGCCGCUGCUGCUGCCGCUGCCGCCUCCAACAUGCCACUGGAGCACCAUCCCAACACGAACGGUAGAAUGCUUUUCCACGAGUCGGACGAUAUGCAACGGCUGAAUAAAGUAUGGGCGCGCCAGGAGACGCUUCGCAUGAAGGGUGGCCCAGAUGAUGCCAAGAUUUAUGAUGGCAUCAAAUAUGAACGCAAGGCGACAGGACCAUUUAUGGGAAAGCUUGUAUCACAAGGUACUAUUAUCAAUAUUGACGGCGAGGAUUAUGUGGAAUAUCGUGUUCUCACCAAGCCCUCGUUCUUCUGA